ACUUUUACGCCAUCUUGAAAUCAAUAUUCGCAAUAAUUCUUCUUUGUAGAAUUUGCGAUUGGCUCUUACGUUUAGUUUUUUUAAAUUUAACCGUGCGUUAAAUAUUUUAAACGUUGUGAAGUUAAAAAUUAACUUUCCGCCCCCAUGCAACGAUGAUUGGAUACCUAAUCCUCGCCGCCCUUCUGGGCCUCGCCCAGGCCCGCCCGCAGCAGCAGUCAGGCUUCACACCCGACUCCAAGACUUGUCCCCUUACAGGUCACUGGCUGUUGCCCCACGAAUAUGACUGCACCAAGUUCUACUACUGUGAGUACGGAACCAGGUGGGAGACCCCUAGGAACUGUGCCCGCGGUACCGAGUUCUCUUACGAGCUGCAGGUCUGUGUGCACCCCGCCCAAGCCAACUGCAACCUCCCCGGAUCUCCUCCCCCAGAACCAGAGGUGACUACCCCUGAAGUGACCACCCCCGAAGUGACCACCCCUGAGGUGACUACUCCUGAGGUGACCACCCCUGAGGUGACCACCCCUGAGGUGACCACCCCUGAGGUGACUACCCCUGAGGUGACCACCCCUGAGGUGACUACCCCUGAGGUGACUACCCCUGAGGUGACUACCCCUGAGCCUGAGGUGACUACCCCUGAACCUGAGGUGACUACCCCAGAACCCGAGAUUACUACCACUCUGGCCCCGGAAACCGAUGCACCUGAGGUAGUCACUCCCCCUGCUACCACUUUGGCUCCCGAGACUGAUGCCCCUGAAGUAGUAACUCCCCCUGCUACCACCCUGGCCCCAGAAACCGAUGCUCCCGAGGUAGUCACAGCUCCUUCCACCACCUUGGCCCCUGAGACUGAUGCCCCGGAAGUAGUGACAGCAACUACCGAGCAACCCGAGGUAGUCACAGCUCCUUCCACCACUUUGGCUCCUGAGACAGAUGCCCCUGAGGUAGUCACAGCUCCUUCCACCACUUUGGCUCCAGAGACUGACGCCCCUGAAGUAGUCACAGCUACCACCGAAGUUCCUGAGGUAGUCACAGCUGCUUCCACCACUGAAGCCCCUGAAGUCGAGAAGCCUACCGUAGUUACUGCUAUCCCUACCACUGAAAACCCCGAAUCCGAAACACCUGAAGUUGUAACUGCUAUUCCUACCACUGAAGCUCCAGAAGUCGAGAAGCCUACAGUAGUUACUGCUAUUCCUACCACGGAGACAACUGAAGACCCGACUACCUUAGCCCCUACCACCGAAGGAGACUCUGGUCUGCUGCCCAACGGAUGCCCGUCUGACUUCCACAUUCACUUGCUUCUGCCUCACGAGACAGAAUGCAACUUGUUCUACCAGUGCAACUUUGGAGAGAAGGUUCUGAAGACCUGCCCGAAGCCUUUGUACUUCAACAACGAGAUUCAGGUCUGCGACUGGCCCGAGAACGUAGACUGCAACGGAUCAAACGGUGGUGUCACCUCACCCGCUCCUACUACCGAAGCCGAGACCGUUGAGGUAGUCACUGCAGUCCCCACCACCACUGAAUCAGAGACUGAGACUGUUGAGGUAGUCACUGCCGUCCCCACCACCACUGAAUCAGAGGCUGAGACAGUUGAGGUUGUUACUGCCAUCCCAACCACCAAUGCCCCAGAGACUGAGGCCACCACUGUAGCUGAAACUGAAACCCCUGAGGUAGUCACUGCAGUCCCCACCACCACUGAGUCAGAGGCUGAGACAGUUGAGGUUGUCACUGCUAUCCCAACCACCACUGAAUCAGAGGCUGAGACUGUUGAGGUUGUUACUGCCAUCCCAACCACCAAUGCCCCUGAGACUGAAGCCACGACUGUAGCUGAAACUGAAACCCCUGAGGUAGUCACUGCAGUGCCCACCACCACUGAGUCAGAGGCUGAGACAGUUGAGGUAGUCACUGCCAUCCCAACCACCACUGAAUCAGAGGCGGAGACAGUUGAGGUUGUCACUGGAACUCCUACCACCGCUGCCCCAACAACGGAUGCUCCCGUCUCUACCGUGACUGCUGUACCGAUCACUGAAGCUCAGACUGUCGAAGUGGUCACUGUUACCCAGACUGCUGAACCUGAGACGGAUGCAACAGUCACCCCUGUACCUACCACUACCGAAGCAGCUACAACGGAGGCCGACACUGAUCUGCUGCCCAACGGAUGCCCAGCUGACUUCCACAUCCAUCUGCUGUUGCCUCAUGAGACUGAAUGUGACCUGUUCUACCAGUGCAACUUCGGAGAGAAAGUCCUGAAGGAAUGUCCCAAGCCUCUGCUCUUCAAUAAUGAGCUUCAGGUGUGCGACUGGGAGUACAACGUGGACUGCAGCGCCGGCAGCUCCAGCGAGUCCGGCAGUGGAAGCGCGGAGAUCAGCGUCAGUGGAGAGGACAGCAGCGGUGACGGCAGCGGCGACGGAAGCGGAGACGGCGAAGAAGACACCGCCCUCCUGCCCAACGGCUGCCCAGCUGACUGGAGCAUCCAUCUGCUGCUCCCCCACGCCGAGUGCGACAAGUUCUACUACUGUGUCCACGGCAACCUCGUCGAGCACUCCUGCGCUCCUGGUACCCACUUCAACCCUGAGAUUCAAGUCUGCGACUGGCCCGAGAACGUCCAGUGCGGCAACAACAACGGCGGCAGCAGCUCCGAAAGCGGCAGCGGCAGCAGCGGAGAAGAGAGCAUCAGCACUGAGGAAGGCAGCGGAGAAGACGGCAGCGGAGACGUAGAGCUCGACAACGGAUGCCCGUCCGACUGGAACAUCCACCAGCUGUUGCCUCACCCUGACUGUGAUAAGUUCUACAACUGCGUCCACGGAAACCUGGUUGAGCAGUCUUGCGCGCCUGGCACGCUCUUCAACCCCGAAAUUCAGGUUUGUGACUGGCCCCAGAACGUGCAAUGCGGUGGAACUGAUAAACCUGAAGUCGUCACUGCCGUACCAACCACCUCCGAGCCUGAAGCUGAGACUGUCGAAGUUGUCACCAGUGCCCCGACCACUGUCACCCACGAGCCGACCACUGAAGAGGCUGUUGUAACUGUGACUGCUACUCCAGAGCCUAUUGUGACUGUUACUGCCACUGAAGAGCCUAUUUCUACUGUGACUGCCACUCAAGAGCCUAUUGUGACUGUGACUGCUACCGAAGAGCCCGUUGCUACUGUGACUGCCACUCAAGAGCCUAUUGUAACUGUUACUGCCACCGAAGAGCCUGUUGUAACUGUUACUGCCACCGAAGAGCCCGUUGUAACUGUUACUGCUACUGCCGAGCCUAUUGUAACUGUGACUGCUACUGAAGAGCCUGUUGCAACUGUGACUGCCACUCAAGAGCCUAUUGUGACUGUUACUGCUACUGAGGAGCCCAUUGUGACUGUGACUGCCACUGAAGAGCCCGUUGCUACUGUGACUGCCACUCAAGAGCCUAUUGUGACUGUUACUGCCACCGAAGAGCCCGUUGUAACUGUGACUGCCCCAACUGUCCUGCCCAAUGGCUGCCCAGCUGACUCUAGCAUCGAGCAGCUGUUGCCCCAUGACUCUGAAUGUGGCAAGUUCUACCAGUGCGUCCACGGCGACCUCGUAGAGAUGGCGUGCCCCAUUGGUCUGCACUUCAACCCGGCUACCGAGCGUUGCGACUGGCCCGAGUCCGCGGGCUGCGCCGUCGACACCAACGAACACAACAAGAAGUGCUCUGAGGGUUGCAACGUCCUCCCCUGGGCCCACGAGACCGACUGUGACAAAUUCUACGCUUGCGACGGACAAAAAGCCACCUUGAUCGUCUGCGCUGAGGGUCUCCACUUCAACGCUAACACCAAGACCUGUGACUUCAUUUGCAACGCUAACUGUGCCAGGGACAACGCCCAGGCUACUGCUGAGAAUGAUGGAGUCAUGAUCUUCUUGCCUUGGGACAAGAUGGACAAAGACAUGUUGAGGAAAUACGGAAAGCAACAUUGAUUGUUGAAUGUAUUGUCUGAUUUAAUUUGGCUGUGUUAAAAACUGAUGAUGAUGAUUAUUAUUGUUAAGAAAUUGAGGUAAGGCCUGUUUGCACUUAAGAUGACAAUUAUUCUGACUUAACAAGUGUUGUAGCAUAACUAUUAAUUUGCAUCCAAAUCUUACCAUAAACUUUCUUAACAAUACUAGCAUAAGUACAUAGUAAACUUUGAUUAAAUUUAAUCCCAAAGAUUUUGGGUAUACAUGCCAUAACCAAAUAAAAUAAAUGUAAAUCAGUGUAAAAAUAUUUAUUAAAACGUUAUUGUUAUUUAAAUUAUUUUGUCAUAAAUAAAUGUUUGUUUACAACACAA